AUGGCAGCUUCAAUCCUCACUCGGGGCUCCAGCACCCUCGAGUCUCUCACCAAACGCUCUCGUCCUCAAGUCCAGAUUGAUCUUGCUGGCCAGAAACAAGGCCUCGUCAACUCCUACACCACUGGAGAUCGCAUUGUUGGAACAGUCAACAUCACCGUCGAUCAUGACGUCCGCUUCGAUGAGAUCGACAUCACCUUGGAAGGAACCUCGCGAACCACCGUCGAACGCGUCUCCAUGCCUGGGCGAACAGGCGCCUACCAGACCUUUCUCAAACUGCGCCAGCCCAUCGACCGCUCGGCCUAUCCCACUCCGCGGGUCUUUGAGAGUGGCCGCUCCUAUCGCUUCCCCUUUGAGUUUGUCGUGCCCGAUCGUCUUUUGCCUCAAGUCUGCAAGCACCAGAAGACAAACGCCCAUGUCGAAUCGUCCCACACCCUGCUGCCCCCGACCAUGGGCGACCCCAUGCUCGCCAGCAACGGCAAAUCCCUCCUCGACGACUUGACGCCUGAAAUGUGCCAGAUCUCCUAUCUCGUUCGUGCGACUGUCCUCAGACGACCUGCGGUCCAGGGCGAACACAUCCGCACCGUCGUCUCCGUGGGCAAAAAAGUCCGCGUCGUCCCUGUCGUCGAAGAAGAGCCCCCGUUGAACAUCGCCGACGACGAUCGCACAUACUGCCUGCGCAAGGAAAAAGACGUCAAGCGCGGCCUCAUGCGAGGCAAACUGGGCCGUCUCGUCGUCGCCACCUCCCAGCCCAAACCCAUCCAACUGCCUGCUCCCACCACUGCCUCCCCCGACUCGGUCAACACCGUCACCACCGUCCAUCUGCGCUUCGAUCCCGUCGGGAACGAACAGCCUCCCCGUCUGGGCAGUGUCUGGAGCAAACUCAAGGCCACCACGUACUACAGCGCCAUCCCGUGGAGCGACUAUCCCAACCAAUCCGGCACCAUGCUCUGGACGCAGGUCGGACGCGGUCUGUACAACGAGACCAUCCCGCUGUCGACCCUCUGCGUCGCAUCCGCACAGUGGACAAAGCAUUCCACCGCUGACGACACCAACGCCCUCAUCCGUCGCGACUCCCUCCAAUCCAACUCCUCCGCAGAAUCCCUCACCGGCCCCUCUGCCUCCUUCGCCGGCUCAACCUACUACACCGCGUCCGUCGUCGUCCCCAUUUCCCUCCCCAAGGAGAAAUCCUUCGUCCCCACCUUCCACUCCUGUCUCACCUCCCGCGUCUACCAACUCGACCUCAGCAUCUCCUACCACACCCCCAACGCCCACAUCCUCACCCCCACCGCCUCCCUCAGCGUCCCCAUCCAAUUCACCUCCCUCCCGCCCGCUGACAAGGCCACGAAACCCUCCUCCCCAGUCCACAUCAUCACCCAGGAAGAAGUCGACCAGGAAUUCUUCAAUCCCCGCAGCGUCGCCCCUCCUUCCACCCCGGCCCCGGGGUAUGUGGAUUAUACGGCUACUGCUGCCGCCGCUGCGGCCGUGGAGAUCGCCCCGCCUGAGUACUCGGCCACUAGGCCUGUUCUUACUUUUAAUUUAUCGUAG